AUGGAGCCCGGCUCAAUUGCAUCCGCCGUAUUCUCCGGGCUUAACGCCCUAGUGGUUGUCAUCAAACACUCGGCACACUUUGCUGCCGUGCCAGAAGAGGUGACGCAACUGCAGAUCAACGUGCGCCUCGCCGACGAUUCUGUUGGCACGGCGCGCCGUCUGCGGCGCCUCAACGCGAGCGUCCUCGAUGACCACUUGAAAUCCGACGUCGACCGCGCCGUUUCCGCCGUAGAGGAGAUCCUGGGCUUGGUGAGGGAGACGGUGGAGGCAUGCCGUAAGGACCUGGAGAUCAAGAAAACGGUGGGCUGGGGUAACAGAGCAGCAUGGCUCGUUUGGCGCAAAGAGGACUUCGUGGGCAAGUUGAGCACAUUGACAAACGCGCUGGCCGUGCUGAACCGGGAUGUGGGGCGUAUGGAAUUGUGCGCAAGGUUGAGUGCCGUGACUGACAGCAUUGUCGUACCGCCGGGUCGACGUGUUCAGCGUACCGACGAGGACGAGAACGGGGAUGUCAAGCCAGUGAUGUUCCCCAGAAGACCAACCAUGCGGAGAGCUCGAUCCCGGAGACAAGCAGAUGACGGCGACUCGGCGAGCAUCGUCUCGUUCAACGAUUGUGCAACUCUGGUCACCGAGACCUCGUCAUCACCCGCGAGCACGCAGAAUGCCGUUGAGGGCAUCGGCACCAGCGGCAGCCUGCUGGUCCCAGUCCUAUACCAGGCCCACAGCGCGCCCAGCCAGAUCAGCCUCGCCCCGUCGUCGGACAUGGCAGACAUCCAAGCGGUAGACGAAGCUGAAGCACACAAUAGCACAUUCUCCAGACUCGAGGCGCGGACAGGUGACGGCGCCACGACCGAGGCUUACGUCCUCCAUAGCAACCUCGGUCUAAACACGCCACACUCUGGCAAUCGUCCUCUCUCGACGUCUCACUCCGCUUCUCCCAGCACUUCUCGCGAUCCGGGCCCACACAGUGGAAGUAGCCGCCGGCCAAGGUCGAACCUCAUCUAA